UAUGAAUGAUCGUUUUCGAUUUUUUGCAUACAUUCUCUAUUUCACGUAGAGCUAAGAUUGCCCCUCCCCUUCCAUAUACAGUCAGUAAUUGAGUAUGUUUGAAAUUUAUAGUUAUAUAUAUUAAUUAUUCUUAAUUUAUUCUUUUCUCAUUAUUCUUAAGCCUAUAGAACAAUAAACUCUUUAUUUAUCUGGGGUUUAAUCGUAAUGUCAUCUACUAGAUAUUUAUUAGCAACUGUCGCAAUUGCAGGAGGCGCCUAUUGGUAUGAUCAAAAUGUUCAACCAAUUAUUCCUAGGCAACAAAGAAAUGAAAUUAAACAAGAAUUGAACAAAUUUCAAGACAAAGCCCAUAAUCAAAUUGUUCAACCAGCUCAGGAUUUGAAUAAUAAAUUGACAAAAGAGAUUAAAAAUUCCAAACAAGAAUUGACUGAAGCUAAGGAUUCUAGAUUAUAUAAAGAAAUCAAAGCUGUACGUGAAGAUAUUCAAGCUUCUUAUGAUAAAGCUGUAAAGGAUAUUGAUGAGGAUAAGAAUAUUCUUGUUAAAGCAGUUGGAAAAUACAUUGAUGCAAUUAAUAGUAUUGGAGAAUCAGCUACAUCCAAAGCUAAUGAAACUAGAGAAGAAGUAACCCAACAAGUCGAAAAAUCCAAAGGGUGGUUUGAAGAUUGGUUUGGAAGUAAGACUGAUAAAGUUGAAGCUGAAUUGGAAAAGUCCAAGAAGGAUUGGUUAAACUGGGGUACUUCUAAGCAAGAUGAAUUAUCAAAGAAUUAUGAAAAUACUAAAAAACAACUUGGAGAACGUUUUGAUAAGGAAAAACAAAGAGCCAUUGAACAAUAUGAAAUUGCUAAAAAGAAUUUUGAUAACUUAGUAGCUGAUUUACAACCAGAUUCUCCUAAUAGAGAACAAAAGUUAUCCAGAGCCAAACAAGAUUUAACUAAUUCAGUUAAUAAUUUGAAGGCUUAUGGAGAUGAUCUUUACAAAGAUUACAGUGCCAAAAUCUCUAAUCUCUUUAAAUAAUGUAUAAGUCUAUUAUUGAUUCAUUUUUAGUAUUUUGUUUCUCUCUAUAUAAGUACAAUAAAUAAAGACUGCAAAAUCUCUGCUAACAUGUCGCACUUAAUGUCUCUAAUGAGAAGACUAAUAUUAAUAGUGAGAAUGAAGAAUAUGGGGUUUAGGUUUUGUAACAAGAGUGAUGACAGAGGUUGAGUAAGUUAACAGUUACUCUACGGAAGGGGUUGGUUAUGGUAGUUGAUUUGACCAAAUAGUAUAGAACUUUAGAAUUGAUUGUGGACUGGUAGUAUAGUUGAUAGUGUAUAGAGUAUAAAAACAUAACUAUUUCAUAAAGGAGGAAAAACCCACCUACUUAAAUAGUUAGAUGAAAUCGACAAGUAGUGUAUCGUUACGAUACACAUAUAAUUGAUAUGAGGGAAUAUAAAAGGUAUAAGAAUAGUAUCAGUAGUAGUAGCUUGAUACGACAUUA